CUUCACUCGACUGAGACAAUGGCGAUGAAUCGUCUCAAGCAAGGGCUCAACAAGCUCAAAGAGAACAUUGAAGAGCGCAAAACAAGUGCUGGGCCCGGUCAACGGUUCAAGGACAAGUCCAGCGAUUUGAGCGACGAGCUGCAGGACAUUGAAGCGAAUCUCAACGCGACCAAGACCACCUACGAGCUUGUUCUGAAGCGCGCUGAAGACACGCUGCAUGGGACCAAGCUGGAGCGCGAAAAGCGCCUCAAGAAAAUGGCGCCCGUCAAGAUGGCCCAGUCGAUGCGAGAGGCUGCUGCGGCGCUUGGCGAGGAGUCGUUGAUGGGCGGCAUGCUCAUGGAAUGUGCCGCGACUCAUGACGGGAUUGGUGCAGUGCUGGCAGAUUUUGAGGAAUCUGUUGAAGAGAAGACAAUCGCGCCAAUGACUAGCAUGCUCAAGCUGGAAAUCCGCUUGGCCAUUGAAUCCCGAAAAAACUUGACACGCUCACGGAACGACGUCGACUCGGCGCGCGCCAAGCUGCUGAAGGCGUCCGAAGACAAAGUCGUCCUUGCAGACGAGGAGUUGGGUGCUGCCAAGGAAGAGUACGACAUUCUUCUUGGUGUGUGCGAAGAUCGGUUGAAUGAAUUUGGCAGCCGCGACGCCGAGCACAUUGCUCCGCUGAUUGACUACAUGGAGGCGCUCGAUCUCUACCACCGUCUUGCCAGCGAGCUGCUCGCCUCCACCGUGGCCAAAUUGCGCGUCCGCAAGGCCAAUGCCUCCAGCCCCACCGUCUUUGGCCGCCCGCUUGUCGAGCACUUGGCUGCUGUCGACCGCAACAUCCCGCACGUCGUGGACGCCUGCGUGAAGGAGAUUCGUCGCCGCGGAAUGACCUCGGAGGGUAUUUUCCGUCUCUCUGGCAACUCGGUCACCGUCAAGCGGUUGCGAGCAGCGUUCAACGCCGAGCAGGCGGUUGUCAACUUUGAGUCAGAUUCAGACUGGGAGGAUGUGGAGAUUAACGCUGUUGCCGGCGUCCUCAAACUCUACUUCCGCGAGCUGCCCGAGCCGCUGUUGACCUUUGAGCUGUACCGAGACUGGAUUAAUGCCGGCUCGUUGCGGGACCACAACGACCGUUUGAAUGCUGUUCGCGAUGUUGUUGCACGGCUUCCGCAGCAAAACGCUACCAUCCUGUUCUUCCUGAUGAGCUUUUUGCAUGAGCUCGCAGAAAACCACGAUUCGACCAAAAUGCACCCCAGCAACCUUUCGAUCGUGUUUGGCCCGACGCUGCUGUGGUCGCCCACUCCUGACGAUGUCACCUCCAUCAUGGAGACGGGACCACAGUCGGCCUGUGUGGAGGCCAUGAUUGCGUACUCGGACUGGAUUUUCGAGGACAUUGCCGCAAAAACCGCGGCGUCGGUCAAACACGCGGCGAACUCGCCCGUUCCUGCCAAAAAGCAGCAGCCUUCGGCACCCGCUGGUGGUUCCGACGAGGCUCACAAACACACAGCGACAGCAACUGCAUCAGCAACUGCAUCAGCGCCUGCCGCCGCCAAGGUGCCUCCAGCAAGGCCAGCAACAGCGGCGCGCAAACCUGUCGCAGCGGCCCCGGCUGUGGAUUUGCUGACUGGCGACAUUGCCACCGAGAGUGCCCCGCAAGCGAGUGCCACAGACUCGCCGCCCGCCGAGGACACCGCCCAGCCCAAGGCUCUGGCAGGCGCUGCCGCCACACCGUUUGCCGGCGCCGUCAAACUGCCCAUUCCCGGCGCUGCGACUGGCGGUGCUGGAGCGCUCAAGCGACCUCCCGUGCGACCACCUGCGCCCGUUGGCAGCAGCAACUCGACUCCAGUGACUCCUCUACACGACCACGGCACAGAUGCUCCGCUUCUGGUUAAUUUAAGCGACUCGGUAGCAGCUCCAGCUCCAGCAGCAGCAGCAGCAGCCGCCGCCGCACCUGGCGCAGUGGUGCCACCACGGCCAAAACCACAGCCACGACCCAAAUCCACGUACUCUGUCACGAGCGAGGACUCGUCGUCCGGCAAUACCUCGCCCACUGUUCAGACACCAGCCCCUGCAGCAGCAGCAGCAACAGCAGCAGCAGUAACACCGACAGCAGCUCCAGCUUCUGCAGCCAAGCCCGUGCCGCCUCGCCCACAGCGCCCAAGCGUACCUGCUGUAAACGAGGUAUCGGCUGCGCCAGCGACGCCGUCAUCGCCCGGAGUGAUGCCAGACGGCACACCUAUUCCAGCUGUUCCGCCACGACGCCCCGGUGUCAAGCGCACAGAUUCCGACAUGGGCAAAGGCCCUGUGUAAACGGGAACUGGUUGUAUUUCUUUUGAAGGGAUUAGGGUUACCAACGACAACGAGACAGGGUUUCAGCGUUAUCCUGUCUUGUUUACUUGCUCCAUCCACGAGUGCUUGUACUGUUGUCAGUCGUGAAAUCAUCAAUGAAUGGUUUGUGUAGUUUUGAAAACGGAUCAUAAAAGAGUUUUUUUG